UCUGCUUGCAUGAGACACGCAUAUGUUUGUCCAAUCUCAAAGCCGAGAUGUUGUCACAACUCGUGCGACAAAGAAAGACCCACGAGUCUGAGUGGAUGACAUGUUUGCCGCCAGUGAGGUGCCAACACCAACACACUUCAGCUGCUUGAAGACAGAGGUAAAAAGGGGAGGAAUCAGCGGCAGUAGAUCCUCACACAUUCUCCUUCGACCGUUUCAUCCAGAUUAUCUGGCAUGAGUGACCGCCGGUAUCACUACGGCACCCUUCUCGCCUUCUUCAUCAACACUCAUACCGGCGGCAAUGUCCCGCCGUCACCUGCUCAGCUGGUUCGCUUGCUGCGUCAGAGCGACCCGCCAUGGACACCAGCACCUACCCCCGACGCAGACCAACAUGGCCUCGAGGUCGGGUUGAAGAAAGUCCUGGAGUAUGGCGCGUGCUGGAAGCCGGACAAGCACAUCUGUCUGGUGUAUGCUCCAGACGGCCAAUAUGCGCAUUGGGACGAUGCAGCGCCGGAGACAGCAUUCAGGGCGAAACAGGGCUCGCCUCACGCCAUGUGGUUGCGGUCCAAGGCGACAACGCGCGCACAGAGUGACACUGACCCCAAGCUAAGCGGUCAUUUCAGCGACACAGUCGGCCCCCUUGAUCGAGAUCAACCCCGUCUCGCACAGCAAGACCUCAUUGCGGCGACCAUAGCGUUGUACUGCGGCGCCGAGGUCGAAGCCAAGGUCUCGAAAGCGACUGGGCUUCUUGCUAUUUCGCAGGCUUUCUUGCCCGCUUCUGCACCGACCACUUCCAGGCCCGCCGGUAUCUCGGCCGCCACAGGCAGUCCGCUCACCGGCUGGGGCCAGGCCCCUAAGUCUCCCGCUUCUACGCCAACGCGCCGCCCAGACGUUCGCAUCAGAUCCUGUGUCGAAGCCGACGAGGAGGGGGUAUCGGCUGCUGAGCACCUUCCGGAUGGUUUGCCGCAGCAAGAUGUGUCCGUGUCCCGCUCCAGCAGCCAGAGAAGCAUACUCUCCUCUGGGGUCAGUUCUCGAGCGACAUCUGAGAUUGGUAGAGACGCCGAGCGCGUCCGUCAACUACAGGACGAGGUCACUGAGCUCAAGGCCGAACUUCAUAAACACCAGCUGGACCAGAAUCUUUACGAGGCCCGCAUCCGUGGAUUGGACGCCCAGCUGGCAGCGAAAGGUGCUGAGCUCGUUGACGACGACAAGCGGCACCGCGCCCACCUCGCGCACGUGACUGACGAGAAGGACAAGGCAGUCGAGCGCAUCCGUGACCUGGAGGCCCAGCUGAAGACUCUGCACGAUAAGCGAACGGCGAGUGAGGCGACCGCAAGCAGCCAGACUGCAGAAUACGUCAAGCGCAUUGAUGAUCUCGAGGUGCGCUUGCAAAGUAUGGCCGCUGAGCGCGAGCGCAACAACACACGUCACGACGCAGAAGCUCCUCCGUAUGAGGUCGGUCAGGACACCAUAGACAUUGAAGACCUGCAGAAUCACAUCACAGAUCGCGACCGGCGCAUCGGACAUCUCCAAGCCAAAGUCACUCGUGACGCACAGUACAUCAGCAAUCUCAAGGCUGAUUUCGCCGACUUGCAGCACUGGGUCACGAAGGAAGUCAGUGCGAACCGAAAAGCUGUGGCGAUGGAGGCGCAGAAGUGGGCGGAUCUUCAGGCUCAGGCGUUGAGCAAGUGGGCGGAGGAGCAGUGGCAGUUGAUGGGCGAGUGGUGGGUGCAGAGAAGAGGGUUGGACGGGGCUGCGCGGAAGGAAAGUGGCGCGCAGUAGCCGACAGAGUCACAGGUGAUGGUCAGGGCUGUGAGGCGAGACAGAAAGUGGGUUGGUUCGCUGUAGGAGACUGAAAGAGACAGAUCAUCGGCACUUUUCGUUGCUGGCAGACGUGCGCCACACGCUUUGCUCUGCUGCAGCAGUAUAACGCCAGACAUUUCCACAACGUCCGCUUCCCAACCAUCUUCGGUAGUAAAACCCCUUGUCGAGGCGCCGUGACUCGAAUGAAAGGAACAGGUCC